AUGCAUAUAUGUGAUUUUUUUAUAGAAUGCGCAUAAAUAGAACAGAAAAUUGAGCAAAAUCGAUAAUUCUUAAUUUAGCUGCCCACUUUCCAUCCUUACAAAGCAUUCAUUUAAUUAUCAGAUGCAAAUAAUAAAAUUACAACUACCUCAUUAUCUACUUAUCUUAAGAAUUAAGGAUUACUUUGUACAGAGCAAGAAUGUCAAAUUUUAAUUUAAAAACCUUUCAAAUAUGUUGAUUUUUUAAGAUUAAUACUCCCAAGUGAUUAAACAUUAAGAAAUGUAAUAUCUAUCCAAGAACCAAAAUAACAACUAUCACCAGAAGUAUAAUUAGCUUUAGCAAGACAUUUAAAUUUAUAAAUUGAUUUAAUGAAUUCUUUGAAAACAUCUAACAAUGUAUUUUUUGAAGGGACAAUCCAAGAUGUUUAAAAAUAUUUUAAAGAUAAAUUAGCAUUUAUUAGUGAAAAAGAAUUGGAAUAAAUUUCUAGACUUCUUGAUUAAUCAGGAGAUGGAUUAAUCACUACUUCUUAAUUUAUUAAAAAGAAAAAUGAAAUAUAUGAUUUUACGUUUUCCACUCCAAAAUAGGCUAAAACUAAUUUGCAAUCAAUGACAACUAAAAAAAAAAAUGAGCAAAAAUUAAAAUAUAAUGGUAGAAGUAACAAAAAGCCAAUAUAGGAUUUGAAUAGCAGAGAUGAUAAUUAUUUAUGUAUUGAAUCACCAUUGAUCCCAUUGGUAGCCUUAAUGAGAAGAGAAAUUAAGUUAAACUCACUUAAGAAAAGACUUUUAAAUUAAAAAACAUUUAAUUUCUUAGAUGCUUUUAAAGCACUAGAUCAGAAUUCAAAUGGGUUUAUAACUAUGCAAGAUUUUGAUAAAUUUUUAAACCAACAACCUGGAACUUCAGAAUAUUUAUUUUCGUUGAAAAAAGAAUUCUAAUUUAGUGAUUUUCUUAAUUUAAUUAUGCCUAAUGACCAUAUCUAAAUAUAAAAUAAGCAAUUUAUUGAUAAACCCAUAGAAGAGAUAUUUUCUCAUUAAACUUUAUAAUUAUUUAAAGAGUAUCUUGAGUUAUUAUAAACACCUCCUCCUAAAUUGAAUGGUUCAAAAGAUCUUUUUAAAUUAAUUGAUUCGGUUACAAGAGAUAAUUAUAUUAGUGCUACUGAUGUAUUUUACUUAUUAUUAAUAAUUUUAGCUUUAAUAAUAUCUUUAUAUGAAUGGUCUUCGAUACAAUGCUUCGGAAGUAACCUUGUUGAUAAAUAGAUAUGACUAUAAUCGAGAUGGGAAACUGUGUUUCUAUGAAUUUUAAGACUUGUGA